UUAGUCAGUUCUAAACUCAAACGUUUACAGUCAACUACAAAUUUCAAGUUUUCUUUAUUUAUUUAUUUUUGAAAUCGCCAUGUCCUCCCGAGUUCCCGAAGUAGAGAUGUGGAAUGUGUCGAAAAGUUGCCGGAAAACACGCGAAUCGCUGUUUGCUUUUGCUCCCAAACUUCCCAAACUGUCGUUUGUCAACUACCAGGAUCUGUACGGCGUGGACUCAUUCUACAUGGAGUGCCAGAAACACAGGGAUUAUUACCGGGACCCCUAUGACAAACUGCUACGUCCGCAGAGUUUUGUACGCACGGGAAGACGCCCCGUCAAACCGGAUUUGCUGAGCAUGCCCAUGUCAUGGCAUCAGGAGAGUAAGCCGCUGGUGUUUCCCAUGGAAUAUGGCAGGCAUUCGACUUUGGGCAGGGGCUUCCAAAUGGUGGAGCGCAACAGCAGAUAUCAUGACACGUUCUUCUUACGAUGAAGCAGCCGACACAUACACACAAACUUGCGAAAACACACGCAUGCACGGUGGCAUCAAAGGAUAAUGACGGAGAUGUAUACAAAAUUAUAAAUGUUCAAAUAAAAGCAAAUUAAGUGUGGUUGUCCAAA